CACUGGGCCUGCGAAAGGUUCGGUUAAGACUUAUAGCACCGCCGAGGUUUAAGCAAAUAAUUAUAUGGCGGCCGCCCGAAUUCUACGCUUCGAUUUAGUUCGAUCCACCGCCGACGACUUAGUACCAGCUAUUUUGCGGCACCUACGUGGGGGGUACAGCACCAUCUCCUCCAACCCAGAGGACGAGAAAGAGACAGGCCGCUGGCUUACUUUACCCCCCUUCACCCCCACUAUCAAUGGCGAUUCUCUUGGUAAGAAACUUGCCGCCGGCGGUUCUUCCUCUAGCAAAGAUGAAGUCACAACCUCCAUGACAGCCCUCAAAUGGGUAUUCAAGUGCUGCCCAGAUAUUCCUAAAUCUCUCGUUCAAAAGAUUUUUCGUUUGAGACAGGUUCGUAGAGAAUCUUCUAUGUUGAGUUGUGAUUCGGAUGUUAAGAAUCGCCUUCGACGAGUGGCAGCAAAGGAUCCGAUGAACACAGGAGAUCGUGUUUAUCUUCCUGCAAUCAAACAAAGGCUGUCUUGUGAGAAUUCCAAUUCCAAGACCACCCAUCAUAUCAAUGAUAAAGAAGCAAGCUUUCUACACAGCCUUGUUUUACACAAGGAUCCAGCCAUUCUUGUUAUCAACAAACCUUCUGGAAUGCCUGUUCAAGGUGGGGUUGGAAUCAAGCAAAGCUUGGAUGAACUAGCUACAACUUAUCUGAAAUUUGAUUAUCCUGAAGCUCCUAAACUGGUUCACAGGCUUGAUAGAGAUUGCAGUGGAAUUUUGGUUUUAGCAAGGACCCAAAUGAGUGCCUCUGUUUUACAUUCAAUCUUUCGCGAGGAAACACUAGAAGCAUCCAAGGAUCCAGAAAAGAACAAAAUUUUGCAGAAGAGGUACUUGGCACUUGUUAUUGGAGUCCCAAGACGUUCCGAGGGUUUAAUUUCUGCGCCACUGGGACAGGUGAAUCUGAGUGAUGGAAAAUCUGUGAAGAUAACUGUUAUUGACAGCUCCAAAUCAUUGUCUUCGCAGCAUGCCUUAACCAAGUAUCGAGUGAUUGAAUCUUCCCCCCAUGGUUACUCGUGGAUCGAGCUAUCCCCUCUGACAGGAAGAAAACACCAGCUUCGGGUGCAUUGUGCGGAGGUUUUAGGAACACCAAUAGUGGGAGACUACAAGUAUGGGCGAAAAGCUCAUAGUAAAAUGAAACCUUUAGGUUGGUUGGGCGAUGAUGACUCUAAUGAUGAGAAAUACAACAAGUCUGGAGGAAGAGAAAACUCUGUUAGCUUCGAUGAUUUGGGAAGGGGGAGUAUAUCAGAUGAAGAGCCAAGUUUACACCUUCAUUGUAAAGAGAUCAUCCUGCCCAGCGUUUUUGAGGCUCUGCAACAAGUGCAGGCCAAUACAGAAUGCGAUGUUUCGAAGAUCAAAUCGCUUAAGUUAAUUGCCCCUCUUCCACCUCACAUGCAAAGAAGUUGGACCAUUCUAAAGUCUUCAUGAUCUUCAACAAUUUAUCACUAGCAUUUAUUUAUCUGACCAAUUUUUAUG